AUGGCCUCCUCACAGCCAGGCCCAGUGUCAGAUGAAGAGUACGCCAAGCAGGAAGGCGUUCCGAGCUACGACCAGCCCUUCAUCCAGAAGUACCUCGAUGGGAGAGAUGCUUUGAUCGCACAGGAAAAGGCCCAACGCUACGAUCAUGCUUUCAGGGAAACACUCUCGCCAAUGGCUGCCGAGGCGUCUACUAUCGUUUCGGCCAUUCGAUACGAAGAGCAGCAGACUCUCUGGCAGCCGAGCGUGGAGGACGAAUUGGCCAUUUCGACCAAAGGCAACAUCUACCCCGGCAUGAUGUUCACUCUCGCCAAGGAGCGCAUGGAGAAGAGCAAACUCUGGCAAAUUGUCAAGAAGAUGCCAAAGGGGGCGUUGCUGCAUUGUCACUUGGAUGCUACUGGCGACAUGGACUGGCUGAUUGAGACCGCUUUUGCCACUCCCGGUAUCUGCAUUCUAUCAGAGCAACCUCUCGACACGGCUGAGCGGCGUACCAAAUCACUCUUCAAAUUCCGCUUCACCAAGUCAGAAUCAGUAUCAGAAGGCCCAUCAAUCUGGUCAGAACCUUACAGAUCCGACCACAGGAUACCAAUUGCCAAGGCCGCCGAAAGUUUCCCCGAUGGUGGCAAAACUGGAUUUAUCAAAUGGCUCAAGGACAGAAUGACAAUCACUGAACAAGAAUCUAUCUCCCACCACAUGGGCCCCAACGACAUCUGGGUCAAGUUCAUCUCCUGCUUCGCCGUGGUAAAGACCUUCCACCGCUACGAACCCAUCUUCCGCGCCUUCAUCCGUCUCAUUCUCAAAUCCUUACACGAAGAUGGCAUCCGAUGGGUCGAUAUCCGAACCGACUUUACCACACCCUACUUCUGCGAGGGCUCAGAGACGCCUGAAGACGGCAACUUCACCUUCCUCGAGCACCUUGAAGAGGAAAUCGCCAAGUUCAAAGCAUCGCCUGAAGGCAAAGGCUUCUGGGGUGCACGUGUGAUCUGGACGACCAUUCGGCAUGGUGGCACUCGCCUAAUUGUGGAAGACAUGAAGGACUGCAUCGACUGCAAGUGCGAGUUCCCUGAGCUCAUCGGCGGCUACGAUCUCGUAGGGCAAGAAGAUCUCGGGCGUUCGCUUGUCGACCUCCUGCCAGAACUCUUCUGGUUCAAGAAGGCAUGUGCGGAGUCCGGUGUCGACAUCCCUUUCUUCUUCCACGCCGGUGAAACCCUGGGCGACGGCAAUGACGUAGACGAGAACGUGUACGACGCCAUCCUCCUCGGCACUCGCCGCAUCGGCCAUGGCAUUACGCUCUACCGCCACCCUCUCCUCUGCGACAUGGUCAAAGACAAGAAGAUCCUCAUCGAAUCCUGCCCCGUCUCCAACGAAGUCCUGCGCUUCACCGGCAGCAUCAUGAUGAACACUCUCCCUGCUCUCCUCGCAAAGGGCGUGCCCUGCAGUCUGUCCAACGACGACCCCGCCAUCUUGGGCCAGGGCAGCAGCGGCAUGAGUCAUGAUUUCUGGCAGUCACUCCAAGGUUGGGAUAAUCUCGGGCUUCCCGGUCUGGCGUCAUUGGCAGAGAACAGUGUUCGAUGGGCGAACUUCGAAAACUGCACGGCGAAAGAGUGGAACGCUGAAAUCAAAGCCGGCGCAUUUGGUGAAGGUAUCAGGGCAGAGAGGAUGAAAGAGUGGGCAAAAGAGUUUGAGACCUUCUGUGCGUGGAUCGUCAAGGAGUAUGGCGAGGCCAGGGAGGUGGAAGGCCUGGACUGA